ACUUCGGUCAUACCGAUUACUUCCCAAUUUUUUACAAAAAGUUCCAAUGAAAAUUAAAAAACAUCUUUUCGUACCUUUAAUGCAAUAAUAUGUAUAUAUUUAUAUAUAUAUAUAAUAUAUAAUAUGAAGCAUGCCGAUUCAGGCUCCCUCAUGGACAGAUUUUCUGAACUGUCCCAUCUGCUGCAAUGAAUUCGCGGCCAGCCAGCGCUGCCCGGUCAGCCUGGGCUGCGGACACACCAUCUGCAAGCUAUGCCUGACGACCCUCUACAACCGGCAAUGUCCCUUCGACCAGACCGUGAUUGUCAGCGACAUCGACAAUCUGCCGGUUAACCAUGCCCUACUCCAGUUGGUCAAGGAUUCGGAGCUGCUGGAGCUGGGACCUCCACCGCCCAGUGUCCAGAAGCUUGAGCCGGAUCAGCUCAAGUGCUACCAGUUGGGCCAGCGAUGCAUUGAGGAGCUGGCCCUGCACUUGAAGUCCUUCCUUAACCUGAACGGCAAUGGCAAUCUCCUGACGCGACCCAUGCAACGCAAACUGGUUACCCUGGUCAACUGUCAGCUGAUGGAGGAGGAGGGAAGGGUGCGGGCCCUGCGAGCGGCAAGAUCCUUGGGAGAGCGUACAGUCACCGAGCUGAUACUCCAGCACCAGAAUCCCCAGCAACUUAGCUCCAAUCUGUGGGCAGCGGUGAGGACUAGAGGAUGUCAGUUUCUCGGACCCGCCAUGCAGGAGGAGGUGCUAAAGCUGGUACUCUUGGCCUUGGAGGAGGGAUCUGCGCUCUCGCGAAAAGUGCUGGUCAUGUUCGUGGUGCAGCGCCUGGAACCGCAGUUCCCCCAGGCCUCCAAGACGAGUAUCGGACAUGUGGUGCAGCUGCUCUACCGCGCCAGUUGCUUCAAGGUGUCCAAGCGGGAGGCGGACUCGUCACUGAUGCAGCUCAAGGAGGAGUUCCGCACCUACGACGCCUUGCGUCGGGAGCACGAUGCCCAAAUCGUCCAGAUAGCCACUGAGGCGGGCCUCCGAAUUGCUCCGGAGCAAUGGUCUUCCCUGCUGUAUGGCGACGUGAUGCACAAGAGCCACAUGCAGAGCAUCAUCGACAAGCUGCAGACGCCCAGCUCCUUUGCUCAAUCGGUGCAGGAGUUGGUCAUCGCAUUGCAACGCACCAGUGACCCGGCCAAGCUGGCAAGUCUCCAUCAUCACUUGAAGUACCUGGCCAACAUCGAUCCCUGUGCGGAGGUGGCUCCCUGGCCGGAUUUGGCUGAAGCCUUGGACGCGGUACGCCACUCGGUGGUGGGGCUGGUCAACUUUCUUCAGCACCAUGGCGUGCGCAAGGCCCAGGAUGGAAUCAGUGGAAGUGGCAGUGGCGGAGCAGCUACCAGCAAUCCCAAGUACAAGAUCAGCCUGUGCAGGGACCUCAACGUACGCAGGGUUUGUCCCAGAGGUGCCAGCUGUACCUUUGCCCACUCCCAGGAGGAGGUGGAACGCUAUCGGGCUCGUAAUCGUGGUAAGCACAUGAAAACACCACUGGGCCUGCAGGGGCCGCCGGGCAUUAGUGGCGGAGCCAUCAAGAAACCGCUAGGCGAACAGGAUGGAGGACAACCAAUGGGCAUGCCGCCGAUGCUGCCUGUGUCGCCGAUGCACUACAUGAGCUCACCGAGGGGCGGAUAUCUAGAGCCCAGUUUGGGUCUCUCCCCCGGAGGUGGAGGAUUGCCAACACAACAACCGCCACCACCGCCGCUGCUUCAUCCAUCGCACCACAGUCCCAUUGCACGACUGAUAGUGCCCGGUCGCUAUGAUCCCCGCUUCACCGGCUACGGCGUGCCACCGCCAAGGAAUCCUUCGCCGAGGGACUAUCAAGGCAAUCCGGGUCCAGGAGCACCUCCGCCUUCGCAACGCAAUCCAAACCCACCGAGCUUCAGUGUCAAUAACAACAUGCACAAGGGCUACAUAAUGCCCGGAGGCGGUGAUGUCUUCCACAUGGGCCAUCCCUGGGAGCAUGCCUACCUGGGACAGCAGCAGCAGCAUCCUCAGCAUCCCCAACAGCAGCAGCCACCGUCCAGCAAGCCGAAUCCCAGCCGACCGUUGUCGAUUUUAGCCGCAACAGCUGAUACCUCAUUUUAUGAAAAGAAACCGCCGAAUAGUGUAAACAUAGAUCUGGACAGAUCCUCGGAGUCCGAUGUGGAUGUUCUGCCUCUAUUUCGUCGCUCCAACAACAACAACAUCAACAGCAGCAACAACAACAACAACAACAGCUCCCACACUAACAAUAAUAACAACAAUCACAGCUCUUCGCUGCUAUUCUGGAACAAUUCGAGCAAGGAGUCAGCGAAUUUUGUACGCUCCGAUUCCAUAUUGGAUGACGAUGCGUCUACGUUUGAUGUGCCCACCGGCUCCUCCAUGCACAGUCGUUACGGUCCGAUUUGUCCCAAGAGCAGCACAGGCUCUGGUUCCACCAACUGGAACAACUGGCUGCUCGAGAACGACAUGAAGAACGCCGAGUUCCUGAAUGACAAGAGCAGCGAUCUGGGAUAUGGGGGUGGCUACAAGAGCGAUAGGAACGAUAACUUCAAUGCCAGCAAGCAGCAGCAACCGAUGUGGGGCAGAAAGCCGCAACUGAUGUCGGAGGACAGCUUCGAGGGCGGCAUUGAUAGUGGCAUGAUGCUGCAGCUGGAGAAGAACCUGGUCGAUAUUGUCGAUCCCGAUGACAGCGGCAUCAAGGUGGACUAGGCCACGGUCCUGGGGCACUCUCUCACCCAGAGGAUAUUUCUAUAUAGGGUUUAUAUAUAGAAGGAAGGAGAGUGGGAGAAUAUGUAUAAUGCAAUCAUUUUACACAUCGUUAGAAGGUUUGUACCGCACAGUUCAAACUCUUUGGUAGAAUUUCAAUUGUAACCGUAACUGUAGUUAAAAAAACUGAUCCGACCGAUCCGUUAUUGGAUCGGAGCCAAAACAAAAAGAAACAUCAACUGGGUUGGGUACCGUCUAUUAGAAUAUAUUAAAUAAUUGUCUAAUUAGUUCAUUGUUCAAAUUUUGUGUGGAAAGAAAAUAUGUGUUUAUGAAAUCACGUUAAAUGUGUUAAGUUUUCACAUUGCGGGGAAUAUGUGUUGUCGUCGUCGUAGCAAAUGAAUAACAAAAAAGCAAACCGAAACAAAAACUCAAAACUUAGAUUGUAAAUGUUUAUGUCUAGCCAAGAGUUCAGAUUCAGAUGGUAGAAAUCCCCGCAGAAGCAGGAGGAAAAGAAGAAUGAUACAGAGUAGUGAGAACGUCAGGCAUUAUCCGAAGACUUUAAAAACAAUUCUACCCCAGAAAUAGAAAGAGAUGCACUAAAUUAUUGUAUCGUGAUCACAAGACUAAAUAACCAAAAUCCAACAAUAGUGAGUUUUUCCGUCAUCCCCCAGAUUAUUUGUGAUCAAAAGAUGUUUGAUUGAAUGUAUAAUGUGCAUAGGUAUAAACAUAUAUAUUUUUUUUAAUUAUUAACUAUAUUUCAAAACGCUAUUUUUAUAUACAAAACUAAAAAAAAAAAAACUAAAAAUAUUAUAAAACACAUACACAAAACACACAUGCACACACUGAGCCACACUCUAAGGACACGAACGAUCGAUCAUUUGUAUGUGUGCGAAAUGAAUGUUUAUAUUUCUUAAAGAAAUUUUAAUACCGCUAUUGUGCGAUGUUGUUAACUAUUGUACUAUAUUAUAUUAAAUUUAUUGAAAAUAAAUUAAAAUCACGUCCCCAAGCGAGAACAAGACGAGAAAGGAGGAGCAAGUGGAAUGUCUGACAGGGCUUUGAGAACAUUUACACACACACCACCUACUUACUCUCUCUCUCUCUCUAUGUCGCCUAUAUAAAUGUAUAUUUAUAUAAUAGAAACUAACCAAUUUGUGCGCUCUAUUAUUAAUAUUAUAUAUUAAUGUCAGUUGAGCCCGCGUUUUGCUUUCAAGACUUUGUACAUCAUUUUUAUUUUUCGUAUGCGAGGAGAACGAAACAAAAGUGACAAAGAGAUGAUGAAGCGAUGAUUUUUUGUAACUUGUAUUUGUUAAGCGAUGAAAUCAGGAACCUUUAUAUAUAUAUAAUUGCUGCGCUUGAUCAUAGAAGAAUACACAACAUAUACUAUAUCUUUACAAAUAUAUAUAUAUUUAUUGUUAACGAUGAUGUUUCGAUGCCGUGUGUGUAGUAGAAUCCGUGUAAGACUAUAUUCCCCUGCCGCGGCGGGGAGUAUGUGUUCAGUUGUGACAGCUAUAGUUGAAAUUGAUCGAAGCAAUUUAAGAGAAAACUAAAUGCGUACAUUUAAAUGUAUAUUUUCCUAUUACUACUCAGAAACUAAAGCAUUCAAUGUGAAAAUGUAUAGAAGAAGAGGGCCAGGCGGAGGCGUACUUAAUUCCGGAUGGAUACAGGUCGGGAUCCAUGGCAACGCCGCCUGUCGUCAAGCUCUCCGCCUGGCCUGGGCUGUGGUGAAGUUUUUAAGCUUAAACCCAAUGGGUUCAGUUCAUAAUAAUAAUAUUGAUAAUGAUAAUGAUAAUGUAUUUGUUGCGUUGAGUUUUGUAACUUUAUAAUUUACAAUCAGUCCAGCAACCCGCCAAUGCCAAUACCCCGAAAACUCUGACCGGAGGCUCUUUUUGAUACAGGUCGUGCCGAGCAAUUCACACAUACUUACACACAGACAUUUUCUAUUUACACACACACAAUGACACACACACACACAUACACACAACACUUAUUUAAAUGCAUAUAUAUUUAUAUAAAUAUGUUAAUUAAAUGUAUUUUUGGUAUUAUCACUCAAUGUUUCUACCCUAAGCAAAUUUUCGAGUUCUGUUAAUCAAAGUGGAAGAGAAAAGAAAAUCUAUACAAAAAAAAAAGAAACAAUUAUUUAUUUUAUUUACCAAUAAAUUUUCACAAAAACCUUUA